CUGUCCCUCUCCACAGCUCGGUCAAGGAGUGUGAUGACCGGAGAGCAGAUGGCGGCCUUUCACCCCGCAUCCAUCCCCAACCCGCUGGAAAGACCCAUCAAGAUGGGCUGGCUGAAGAAGCAGAGGUCUCUCGUGAAAAACUGGCAGCAGAGGUACUUCGUGCUGAGGGCACAGCAGCUCUAUUACUACAAGGACGAGGAGGACGUGAAGCCGCAGGGUUGCAUGUAUCUACCAGGGAGCACAAUCAAAGAGAUCGCCACAAACCCAGAAGAAGCAGGGAAGUUUGUCUUUGAAGUUAUUCCAGCCUCAUGUGACCAGAGUCGCACGGGACAGGACUCCUAUGUCCUCAUGGCCAGCUCCCAGGCGGAAAUGGAGGAGUGGGUUAAAUUCCUUAGGAGAGUCGCUGGCACACCCUCUGGAGCGGUGUUCGGCCAGCGCUUGGAUGACACCGUGGCCUAUGAGCAGAAAUUCGGCCCCCACCUGGUGCCCAUCCUGGUGGAGAAGUGUGCCGAGUUCAUCCUGGAGCACGGCCUGAACGAAGAGGGCAUCUUCCGACUGCCUGGGCAGGACAACCUGGUGAAGCAGCUGAGAGAUGCUUUCGACGCGGGGGAGCGGCCCUCCUUUGACAGAGAUACAGAUGUGCACACGGUAGCCUCCCUGCUGAAGCUCUACCUCCGAGACCUCCCGGAGCCAGUGGUCCCCUGGAGCCAGUAUGAGGGGUUCCUGCUCUGUGGGCAGCUCAUGAAUGCAGAUGAGGCAAAGGCUCAGCAGGAGUUGAUGAAGCAGCUCUCCAUCCUUCCUCGAGACAACUAUAGCCUCCUGAGCUACAUCUGCAGGUUUCUCCACGAAAUCCAGCUGAACUGUGGAGUUAACAAGAUGAGUGUGGACAAUCUGGCUACUGUGAUUGGUGUGAAUCUCAUCAGGUCGAAGGUCGAAGACCCUGCUGUGAUCAUGAGAGGGACUCCUCAAAUCCAAAGAGUGAUGACCAUGAUGAUCAGAGACCAUGAAAUCCUCUUUCCCAAGUCCAAGGAUGCACCCUUGUCACCCCCUGCCCUCCAAAAUGACCCCAGGAAACCUCCAGUGGCGCGAAGCUCUGUGGGCUGGGAUGCCACUGAGGACCCUCCAAUUUCUAGGACAGACAGCGUCAGUAACAUGGCCAGCGACUCAGAUGCAACCAGCCCCACUGGACAACGGCCAAGUGAUGGGUGUCUAGAAGACAACGCAUCCAGGGAAAAGCAAGGAGAUUGGAAGCUGCAGUCACGAAAAAGGACUCAGACGCUCCCUAACCGGAAAUGCUUCUUGACAUCAGCUUUGCAAGGUACCAACAGCUGCAAAGUAGAGAUCUUUAAAAAUGAGUUCUGGUCAUCUUCUUCGGAGGGGAAGGCAGGGGACGGGCACAGGAGAACGAUGUCUCAAGGUGUGCCACAGUUUUUCGACUCCCAGCGGACUUCCACCUACGAUAACGUCCCCACCCAGCCGGGGUCCCCUGAGGAUGAAGCCGGUACACCAUCAUCCCAGGCCUGUGACUCCAAGAGAGAUGUUCUUGCUAGCCUAAACUCUGAAACCGGGCCUGGGAAAAAGAACUCUGGAGAAGAGGAACUUGAAUCUUUGCAGAGGAUGGUCCAGGAGCUGCGAAAGGAAAUAGAAACACAGAAGCAAAUGUAUGAGGAACAGAUUGAAAAGCUUGAGAAGGAAAAUUAUGAUGUGUGGGCUAAGGUGGUGAGGCUCAGUGAAGAACUGGAGAAGGAGAAGAAGAAGUCUGCAGCCUUGGAAAUCAGCCUCCGCAACGUGGAGCGCUCCCAGGAGGAUGUGGAGAGGAGGAACAAGGCCUUGGAAGAGGAUGUCAAGGAAUUUGUCAAAUCGAUGAAGGAGCCCAAGACCGAUGCUUGA